AUGUCUGUGAGGUUAGCUACUCAGGUUCUUAGUGAUUCGAUGGCUAAGGGUAUCAUAUUUUAUCGAGACCAUGAAGGCAUUGAAUCAUUAAAAGAUAGCCACGAAACACAACAAUUUGUAGAAAUUUUUAAUAAAACAUUCGAUGCACUCAAUCGCAAAUACCCAGCUGAAGGAAUCAGAAUUAAUAGUCAUGAUUUUUAUGUCCUAAAUGAAACAUACACCUGGAUAAAUUUAUGGGAAAGUAAUGUUAAGCAUAAAUUAAUUCCAGAAGAAGAAUAUCUGACAAAAAAUACAGCUGAGGGAUUAAGAGUUACUAUAAGAUCUACCAUAGAGUUAUCUACAUAUCUUUUAAAAGAAUGUGGAUUUAAAUACGUUUUAUCCUCAAAAAUGAAUCAAGAUCGCUUAGAACUAUUUUUUGGAAUGACACGUCAAGCAACAGGACCGAAUGAUCAUCCAACAACUCCUACAUUUUUGCAAGUCUAUAAAAUGCUUUCCAUAUACUCAAUUUUAAAACCCCCAAAAACUGGAAACUGCAAAAUUUUGGAAAAAAAUACACCAAAAAUUACAAUAGAUGAUAUAAAAAGUAUUUUUGUUGAAGAUAGUGCUAAGAAAUCUGAGAAAAUGUUAAAAUUACAAAAUAAACUGGAUAGCUUACUUACAACUGGAGAGUUGGAAGUUGAAGAUGUUUUUGAAAAUGACAUACAUAAUUAUUGUACUCCAUAUAAAUCUCAAGUUUCAGAUUGUGUAAUAUAUUACAUUAGUGGUUUUGUUUGUAAGCAUAUUCUAAAACAUACAAAAUGUGUUGUAUGUAUAAAUGCAAUUAAAGGAAAAACGUAUUCAAGCAAAUCUGAAGCAGCUUUUACUAACCUUAAAUCAAAGGUAAAAUUAAUUCAUCCUAAUGAACAUUUUUAUAGAUUAAUUGUAGCCAUAGAAAAUUCUUUUUCAAAAAAUUGUAAUAAGAUGUCAGUAUUUGAGGACACUUUUGAUGAUGUUCUGGAUAAUAACGCCGGAUUAUUAAUAUUUCCUUGUAGUGAACAUAAAAAUGAAAUUUUAAUGUUUAUCCUCAAGUACUAUAUUACAACAAGAAUGCGACAAUAUUCCAAUAUGGAAAAUAAAAACCAACAAAAAAUAAAUUCAAAGAAAAAGAAGUCUGCUAAAUUAGUUAUUACUUAA